CUGAGCCAACAAACAAACGACUGCCACUCAACGAUGAAAAGAGGCGGCAGAAGAGGAAAAUCACACCAAAAAAACACCGACGAAAACUGGAGAUUGAAACCUGCUUAUGAUCAUCAACAAAUUCAAUCCGGUCCUGGAUCUUCAACGCAGCCUUCCACAUCUUCAGCCUCUACAAAUCCCAGGUGGGUGUCAACAUAUGUCAAGAAACAUGAUCUGGGUUCAUUCAAUUUUGACCAGAAUCAAGAGGAUAAAGAAAUAGCAGAAAAGGAUGAGAAGAAGGUGGAAUUGAGUGGGGAAUUUGAUGGAAAUAAGGAUGAUGUUGCUGAAGAAGAAGAAGAAGAUGAGGGUGAUGUUGUGAAAAGAUUAGAAAAGUUGAGGUUGUUUGGUGAAGAACCGGAUUUGUCGGAGGAGUUAAUUAGACAAAAUGAUCAGUUGCAAGAGGAUGAGGUAUUGGCUAUGGAAUCCAUUUACGGAGAGAACAUGUUUAUUCUUGACAACCAUAAUGGACUGCGAUCUUUUCAGAUUCAUAUCCACAUUGAAACUCCUGAAGAACUAACCAUCUCGACAAAGCUAAAUUCCUCUACGGAUACCAAUAAUUCAGAAGGUUUUUCAUACUCCUUUGAAGUCAAAUAUACCCCACCGAUAAUUUUGACUUGUGUGUUACCCAAAUCAUACCCAACGCAUCUCCCUCCGUAUUUUACAAUCUCUGUACAAUGGCUGGAUACUUCAAAAAUUUCAAGUUUGUGUUCAAUGUUGGAUUCGAUAUGGAAUGAACAACAGGGGCAAGAAGUUAUAUACUCGUGGGCUGAAUGGUUGCAUAGUUCUGCUAUUUCUUUUCUUGGAUUUGAUAAAGAAAUAGUUCUUGGCCCGUACGGUGUGAAACACCAAGGGGACCCGCGUGCACUUUCGGGAUGUGUCUCCCCUGAUGUUGAUGUUCCGUCGUUGAAGAGUUAUAAUGAAGAACAGCGGCUUGAAAAUUUUCUCAAGACCUUGCAAGAAUGUUGCAUCUGCUUUGGUGAAUUUGCAGGUGCUGAAUUUAUAAGAUUGCCAUGUCAGCAUUUCUUCUGUGAGAAAUGCAUGAAAACCUACACAGAUGUUCAUAUACAAGACGGUACCGUGAAUAAGCUUUCUUGCCCCAUUCCAAAAUGCGGGGGCGUGAUUCCACCCGGUCUUUUGAAGCGAUUACUUGGCGACGAAGAUUUUGAAAAAUGGGAAUCACUUACAUUACAAAAGACACUCGAGUCAAUGUCCGAUGUGGUCUAUUGUCCAAGAUGUGAAACACCGUGCAUAGAAGAUGAAGACCAAGAUGCUCAAUGCUCGAAAUGCUUCUUUAGUUUUUGCACACUUUGCAGGGAAAAACGCCAUGUUGGCAUCAUGUGUCUUACACCAGAAAUGAAGCUCAGUAUACUGCAGGCGAGACAAUCGUCAACUCAAAUGAAAGAUAAACAAAGGCAACGUGAACAAGAAAUGAUACAUGAGCUUCUUAGUGUGAGAGAGAUCCUUCGUGAUGCAAAACAAUGCCCCUCUUGUAAAAUGGCCAUUUCUAAAACCGAAGGUUGUAAUAAAAUGGUCUGUCAAAAUUGUGGCAAGUACUUUUGCUAUCGUUGUAACAAGGUCAUAGACGGAUAUGAUCAUUUCAGGGAUGGAGCUUGUGAACUUUUUCCACAAGAAGAUAUUCGAAACUGGGAGGAACGGAUGAACCAUCGACAAGUAUUAGGCCAGGUUCAAGUUCAGCUGUUUGGUGAUCAUGGUCAUACAUGCCCUCAAUGUGGUCAAAUCAAUGUGAAGGUUGGGAACAACAAUCACAUAUUUUGCUGGGCUUGUCAAAGCCACUACUGUUACUUGUGUAGAAAGAUUGUUAGGCGCGGCUCACAACACUUUGGUCCAAAAGGUUGCAAACAACACACAGUCGGAUAGCGAUAAAGAAGUUCACCGAUUCAUUCUUUUGUUUUCUAGAUUUUGUGUUGUUUGUUGUUUGUUAUUUGUUAAUCUAGCUUUGAUACUCCAAGGUGAAAGUGCGAAACAAGGGUCGAGUGAAGGUUCGUUACAUUACAUUAGUACUAUUGGAUCACAUGAUUUAUUAUAAUAUUUGAUUAAUUUCCUAUUGAU